AUGGCUGCAAUAAUGUUCCGUGGGUUGCAGUCAUGUUACGAGUCUCACCUCCUCGACUCGAGAGCAAGUACAACACUUAGGCUUACUUUGCCUUGCUCAAAAACUCUCACCCCUCCUACUCCUCAACCCAUGGAUUUUACCUUCAAAUCUAGCUUCUGCGAUUCAAAUUCCAAAACCCGUUGUCCUGAAGAAAUCAGCAGCAAAACUGAUAAGGGUGGGUGGAGCUUCCUUCAAGCCCUUUCCAAUGUCCACCAUGGCGGCCUCAAAGAGCCAUGGGAGAAGGAAAGCAUCUAUGUCCAUCCACAAGCCAAACGCUCUUCAUUGAUACUUAGCGAGAAAAGCCUCCAACUUUGCACUGAGAAUCUGGGGAACGAGACAGGCACCGACAUUGUUGGGAAUAGCAUUGACUUGCUGUGUUCAUCGUGUUCGUCGUCGGAGCACGGCAGUGCCGGAGAUUCUCAGACAGUGGAGCAAACAAGGGCAGCGCGUCCUGUUUUGGGAGGUAAGAAAACGAAAACCCAGAAUUUUCCGCCUCCUUUGACGACCAUAAGGGGUUCGGAAUCUCUGCGUGUAAGGCCCCACCGCGAAGAAGGUCGACUGGUGAUUGAGGCGGUGAGGGUCCCAUUAAGUGCUACGUGUUUCAAAGCGGAGAGAAGCCAUGGCCGCCUUCGCCUCCGCCUUUUGGAAAAUGAGAGCACAAGCUUUGACUCGGAAGAUGGUGACGCAGAUGAAAUAGAAGAGGUUGAAAGCGAAAUGAAGGAGGAAGAAGUAGAGGAUGAGGAGGAGGAGGAGGAAAGAGAUGGAAGGAUAGAGGGGUUGAGAGGGUACGAUAUGCCGAGGAGGUGCAAAGAGGGAGAGUGUGAAAAUAAUGAAAUGUUAAUUUUCGAGUCUCUUUGGGUGACCACUUAA